AGUGCCAGUGCGCGUUCGCACGCGAUCGACCCCAGCUCGGAUUCGUGUGUUUUCCAGCUCUGUAGAGAUAUAGUGGAACCAGUGAAAAUCUUCCGACCGACACCAUGCGACCAGUGCCGGUGCUAAUUUUCGUCGCUCUUCUUGGAAUCGGAACGGCGCAGGACACCACGACCGAUGCUUUCAACGAUAAACUUAAUGCUAUAGAUACGAAACCUUCUGUGCGAUUAGAUCCUUAUAUUCGAAAAGCUUUACUCAAAGCACUAAGUGAUCUUGAAGAUAAUAGCGACAAUACGACUACAGAUGAUGAUGUUACCGAUGACCCUUCUACUACAGAAAUCUUAAAGAGCGGAGAAGAACCUUCGCAAACUUUACAACCACCAUUAAUUAAUGAGGAAAUUAAAAUACAUUCUUUCUUAGUUGAUGGACAAGAAGCUUUUGCGGGUAAAAUUAAUCCUUCACCAAAAAUUAUCGAUAACAAAAUAUCAAUUUUGAGUACUACUUCCGGAAAUGUAGAAAAUUACGUAACGGCUACGCUUCCUACUCAAACACCUUUUAAUGAAAUAUUUCAAACGAGAGAAUCCGGUAUAAACCUUCAACAAGUCAGAAGUGUUCAAAGCAUAUCGCAGCCGACUGCUAAAAAUAAUAUAAUCAAGGAAACUACUUACAAACCUACAACUACUACUACAACAACAACUACGACCACUACUACGACUACUACAACUCCAAAACCAACUCACAAUGAUGACGGAGAAAAUAUAGAAGAAGUUGAUAAACGCGAUGUUCAAGUAUUUCAAGCUCCUUUGGUAGCAGCUUUCACAGUUCAUCAAGAUGCACAUGGACUGCCGAAAAAAGUUAUUCCUAUUUAUCAGCAAUCGAACAUACAAGAACCAUUGAAACCACAACCUGCUACAAAUGUACCAACUGGAGUAUUACCACCGCGAAAUAAUUUAGCUUUGCCUAAUGUUCAUGUGAACCAAAUUCCACAAACCGAUUUCGUGAACCAACAACUAGCACUUCAAAAGCAGUUAGAAGAAAAACAAAGGAUUUUAGAGGAACAACUACGGUUAUUGCUGGUUCAACAAAGACAACAAGAGGAACUAUUAAGAAAACAACAGCUUCUUUUGCAACAGAAAGAUGCUCAACGGCAACAACAAAUAUUAUUUGAACAAGAACAGCUAAAAAAACAGCAAUUUCAUUCCGAUCAACAAAAAGUCCAAGUUAUACCAAGUCUGAGUAGUAUACAUUUACAAGGAUUACCAAAACCAGUUCAACAAAGUUCGUUUAUAAAUCAAAACAAUCCAAUACGUUCAUCACAAACCGCACAAGUGUCUAUUCAACCCAGCGUACCCAUUGAACAUCAUAAUAUUGCCGGCAAUCAACAACAGUUACCUAAUCGCGAAGCUGUUGACUUUUUACUGCACUUGCGCAAUCAACAACCCGAACAGUUUCCAUUACAGGAAAAUCAUCUACCACAAGGUAUAAGUAAUUUUUUACAACCAAACUCAGCAAAUUUUCACCAAGGACUUAAUUUUAAUCAGUUACGAGGCAUAGAACAACUUAGCCAACCAAAACAAAAUACUCGUGUAUUUCGUCAAGAAAGCGGUGUUAGUAACUUAGGAAUAAAUAAUAACCAAAACUAUAACAGAUUUAACACAUUUAACCCGAUACACUCAAAUCGUUUCUUCAAUAGGCCUAAUCAAUUUAAUCCUGAUGCAGAAUUAAAUCAAUUAUUAGCGCAAAGUGGGUUAAACUCGCGAAGUCACGAGGACUUAAAUAUAGUAUCGAAAGUGUUAUCUUUAAAUCAUGGUGUACCAAUAUUUAAUAACAUUUCCAAUAGACUGCCCUUCGAUAGUAGACGACAUAUAAGAACACAAGUAUAAAGAAAUAUUAGGACCGUUACAUAUUAUCUGGAAACUGACAGGUAAUCAAUUAUAACUAAUUAGUUGUUUCUAUACCCGAAAUAUGUUUACAAUAGACUGUCAGUCAUCUUUUUAGAGAGACAGACGUUUUUGUUCAUAUAUUGUUGAAACCUUGUUUGCAUAUUUUGAAAUUAUAAUACUAGUGCUAAAUGACUGAUGACAGAUACGUUAUUAGGAAUGACCAGAAAUUACACCUCUAUUACCAUAAUAAGACAACUAAGAGCCCAUGUGAAUGUGUAGCCAUGUCAAUCUGACGACAAAGAAUAUAAUUAAGUCUUAUUUUGGCGCUAUAUCUCACUCCAAGUCAAAAGAAUAUAAAUGAAUAAAAUAAAAUAACGGUAAACAAUUUAUAAAAUAUUUGCAUCUACCAUACAUUUAUACUUCGAUAUUGAAAUAUAUCUAUAAUAAAAAGUUACGAUCGCGUCAUCCGUUAAGUACAGGAAUAAAAAGUCAAUACAUAUAGCAUUUCUUUUAUACCUAUAGUAAAAAGAGCACUAUAACUUAUUAAAAAGGGAGUGUGAGUAAGCAACCAUUGUGUGUUUCCUUAUUUUUUGUAAUAAAUUAUAACCUGAUAUUUGUAUCAGUUACAAUACAAGAUGAUUCAUAAAGAAUUUGCAUUGAUAUUGGUCUCCUGCGUAUCAUCCAAUACUCAAAGUCAAUAAAAAUAGAUGUGUAAAUAACCAAAGAAGUGUGGUAACGUCGUGUCACCCUGUAUAUCAACUACGAGUAUCUAACGUCUUAAUAUUUCUUUAACUUGUGUUAGACAUAAAUAAUUAUUUAUUUUAAUUAUAAUGAUUGUGAACUGCCAUAAGUAAUAAAUUUUAGGAAGCCCAACAUUUUUAAGGUCCCUGUAGAUCAAUGAUUGCAAGUCCUUCAUCGUUAAGUAUGCUUGUAGCUUGUGCAUAGACAACAUUUUAAGGUCGUUAAUA